AUGAGGCUUUCAGGCUCUCUCGCUGUCCUCCUCGCCGGUGUGACUUCCCUCGUAUCUGCCGUCCCCUUUACUGGACCUUCCGAGCAGCCGUCGGAGAAGAGGGGAUACUGUGGGAACAGUCCCAAGUCUCGAAAGUGCUGGGGAAACUACGACAUCGACACCGAUGUCGCCUACGAAUGGCCCAACACCGGAGUGACUCACGGCGUUGAGAAGCGGCUGAUCACCGUCAACGGCCAGUACCCAGGCCCCCUUCUCGAAGCCAACUGGGGUGACGACGUCGAGGUCAAAGUCUGCAACCACCUUCCCGACAACGGCACCAGCAUCCACUGGCACGGCAUCCGCCAGUUCUACACCAACUAUGCCGACGGCGCCACCUCUCAGACCGAGUGUCCCAUCGCUCCGGAGACUGCCACACCUACAAGUGGAAGGCGACCCAGCACGGGUCCAGCUGGUACCACUCUCACUACUCCAUCCAGUACAGCGAGGGCCUGCUGGGCCCCAUCAUCAUCCACGGCCCCAACACCGCCGACUGGGACCAAAGCUCCCUGCCUGUACACAAAGUGGGUGAUGUCGGGUCGGCAGCGCUUGUGGGUGAUCUUGUACUUUGUGCACCACUGGGACGCGAUCCAGCAGAAGUGGCCGCACGAGUAUUCCCGUUGA